GCAAAUAGCGACAACACGAAAACAGAGUGCUCGGUUUAUUUCGAAGAAGUAAUUUGUUUCGUACUCGGAGACAACUACUCUACCGCGUGUCUUGUGGCUGGUGACCCCUCAUCGCCCCCUGCUUGGCUAGCCCGGCAUGAUCGAGUCUCGCAGCUGCUGCGUGCCAACACAUGCCAAGAAUGCUUUCGAUGUCAUGCAAGACCUGCGGCGGCAGCAGCAACUCUGCGACGUCAUCCUGUGCGUGGAUGGCGCCAAGUUCCAUGCACAUAAAGUGGUCCUAGCAGGCUGCAGCCCGUACCUGCGGGCCAUGUUCACCAACGGGAUGCUGGAGACAGACAGCGACUGUGUCCAGAUACACGGCGUGGAGCCGACCACCAUGGAGAUGCUGCUUGACUUCAUGUACACAAGUAACAUAGAAAUUAAUGUGGAGAAUGUGCAGAGUAUUCUCCAGGGGGCCAGUCUCCUGGGACUACACUCACUCAGGACCAUCUGCUCACAUUUCCUACAGACACAGUUGGUGGCAUCCAACUGCUUGGGCAUCCAGCAUUUUGCAGACAUGUACACCUGUACAGAGCUAGAAGCAAUUGCAAGACAAUUCAUCUAUCAGAACUUUCUUGAGGUCGUGCGAACAGAGGAGUUUUUUGACCUCGCAGAAGAGAGGCUUCUCCAGUUGUUGAAAAGUGAUAAACUUCAGGUGAUGACAGAGAGCCAGGUGUUUGAGGCAGCAUCUGCGUGGCUGCAGUGGGACCCUGUGUGUCGUCUCGACAAGGCCUGCACCGUUCUCCAAAACAUCCGACUUGCUUUACUCGAGUUGCCCUACUUGGAAAAUGUUGUGUUAAAAUCAGAGUUUUUUCGUACGUGUCCAAAGUGCCAGUUGUUCAUCAGCAAAGCGAUUCGAACAAAACAGGACUUGACGGCCAUGCAGCUUGUGACCCCCCGAGCCCAGCCCCCGUGUAUAUAUGUGGUGGGGGGCAGGAACAGCUCAGACUGCCAGCUGAAGAGUGUGGAGAGAUAUGACUUUCUGACUGAUCAGUGGAUGUCCAUGCCCAGUAUGAACAUCGCCCGGACGGCGGUAGGGGCCACCAGCCUGGAGGGGAUGCUGUUUGCAGUGGGAGGGGAGUGUGCGCUGGUCGACACUCAGGAGGACACCCUCUACCUCCGCUGUGUGGAGUGCUAUGACCCAGUCAUGAAGCAGUGGAUACCCAAGACAGAGAUGAAGGUUGCAAGGUCGUUUGUUGCAGUGGCAGCUGUAGCAGGGGUCUUGUAUGCGAUAGGGGGAGAGGACAGAUCGUGCAGCUACAGCAUCAUGGAGAGGUACGACCCCAAGACAGAGAUGUGGUGUUUCGCUCCCAGCAUGAAGAGGAAGCGGGCAGGAUCGGGGGUUUCUGUGUGUGAUGGCAAGAUAUAUGUAGCAGGUGGCUAUGACAAGACAUUGCACAUGGACAGGGCCAGCGUGGAGUGUUUUGACCCAGAUACCCAGGAGUGGACGUUCGUGGCCGAGAUGGAGAAGGCCCGGUCAGGGCUGUCACUGGUCACUGUUGACCACUUCAUCUAUGCAUUCGGGGGGCGCUUCAGACACACUGACCAGUACUUUGAUCUCGUCGAGAGAUUCAACACUCUCACCCGCCAAUGGACAACAAUCACCCCCAUGAACACACCCCGAGCCUGGCCGGGCAUCUCAGUGUUUGAUGGAAAGAUAUAUGUUGUUGGGGGCUUCGAUGGCCAGAGUCGACUGCGAAGUGCGGAAGUGUAUGACCCAGAUGCUGAUCAGUGGUCAUUGCUAAGCAACAUGCUUGUCAGUCGAGCCGGGUGUGGUGCAGGCGUUGUGUGAAAUUAUUUUUGCGUUAACAAUCCUUGAAUGUUAUUCAUAUUCAUAUGGCGUCCGACAACUUUGGAUGUUUUUGAAUUUGUUAUUCAAAUAGUUUAGGGUGGAGUGGAAUAAUUUACCUUUUUUCUUAGCUCACUGGCAAAUCUAGCCUGGUACUUUCUCCGAUUCCAGAUCACUUCCCUCAGACUUUGAGUUGACAACACCAUGAUGGUGCACGGCGGUUCUUUUGUUUGAAUGUUCAAUUUCCAAAUGAAACAUUGUGUUAUGUAUGAUAUACAUGUAUAUCGAAAACACAUGCAAGGGGAACUGUAUUUGAAAGUCCACUAUUCCUCCUGUGGGUGUUAUGACCUACUUAGGUGAAGAUCUCAUUGUUUGUGCUAAUAAUAUUAGCAUAUUUCAUAUUAAUUUUGAAUAAGAUUCCAUACACCAUGGACAAUAACUGAAGAUGCAUUUUGUGAAAAGUGUAUCUGAAUUCUCAUUAAGAUCAGAUCUUUUGCUCUGAUACGAUACCUUUGUAUGUGAAGAUCAGAAAACCCCACGAUAUGUUCUCGUGUCAGGUGAACUUUCUGAUCAGCCAAUGAGCUCUGAGGCUUAAAUUCUUGGUAAUAAGCAUUCAGACCAGCAUAUCAAAAUUCUGUGUCUUGAAAACAAACUUAAGCAACCAGUUCAGAAUGUAGAUAAUAACGGCAGUGCCAAAAAGGGAGUACCAUCGAAGGAUUGUUUAUGUUCUGUGUGGGUUUUCUUGUGUACAAAUAAAAAUGUCCAAAUUAAUGUGGCAAGGAAAUAAAGCCAAAUCAUUCUAGAAAGCUGACAUGUGAUUGGCUCAUGAACACUUCAUGGGGGUCAAAGGUCACUCAGGACAUUCUGUGGAGGUGUCAGAUCUUCAUACAGAGAGGUAUCAUAUUGGAUGAUCUGAUUGGAAUGAUCCCAGUCUUCAUUGACAUUUUUCAUGAGAUGUUUUAACUUUUUGUUUUAUCACUGUGUUUUCCUCUCCAACAUUUUAUACCUUCACAGAUAACAGUGCAGUGAUUGUGGAAUUCAUUCAAAUCGUCCAUCUCUAAUCUUAUGCCAAAGAAGCAGAUUUAUAUGCCAAAUGAGAAACAUAUAAGAAUCUUUGAGUGAAGGUCAAGCAAACUCAAGCAAACUCGAACGUAACCUUGAACAUGUUACAAAUGUAUAUUCACUUGAUAAUCUGCAAUCAUUCAUUCUGCAUAGAUCUCAUCCAAUUAUGCUUGGCCCAGAUUCAAAGCUGGGUAAUAUUCAUCAAAUCAUCUGUGUUUUGUAAGUCUAGACAUCCUUUUGCAAAUAGGAUGAGGAAUAAUGAAAGGUGGAAUGAACUUGACAAUUUUCAUUCAAAGUUGAUUUUCUAAAAGUUUGUAUACAAUCUGGAACAUUUUCAUGAAUCAUGUACAUCGACGCUUGACCUCACAUCCUGUUCAGCUGAACUUUUUCCCAGAUGUCAUCGGGGGCACGGUUGGCCCAGUCAUCUAAGGUGCCGCGAUUCGCUGUGCAGAGUUGCGUCCCUUGGGCACACCAGAAACCUAUGAUUGUGGGUUCGAAUCCCUGUUCGUCCCGAUUAUGUUUCU